AUGGUUCAGACAAGCACCGUGGUGACGGCAUCAGUCGCAACCGUUGCGACGGGCCUCUUGGCAUAUGCCGCAUACUUUGAUUUCCAGCGACGAAGAAACGCCGAAUUCCGUCGUAACCUGAGAAGAAACGAGCGCAAGCAGGUCCGCGCCGAGAAGGAAGAAGCCGAGGCCUCCACACAGCGCCUGCGCGGCACCAUCAAGGCAAAGGUCGACGAGGCCAAGGAGGAGGGAUUCCCUGUCGGCGUGGAGGAGCGCGAGGCCUUCUUCAAUGAGCAGGUCAUGACGGGCGAGAUGCUGAGCCAAGAUCCUUCUAAGAUGCUUGACUCUGCGCUCGCUUUCUACAAGGGAUUGAAGGUCUACCCUGCUCCCGGCGACCUUAUCAAGAUCUACGACAGCACCGUUCCCAAGCCUAUAUUAGACAUCUUGGCCGACAUGAUCGCAUACGACGGUGACAUCAGCAUUCGCACUCGCCCCUCUUCCGCCGGCGUCAACCUGGGUGAUAUCCCCAGCGUCGGCCUCGACUAA